GUGACGCAGCUUCCGGUGAGGUCGCCGUUGCCGGGGUGAAGCGGAGUCACGAUGGCGGCGCAGCUGGAGCAGGCGGUCGGGAUGUACGAGCAGCUGCGGGGGGAGUGGGCCCGGAAAAACCCAAACCUCCGCAAAUGCGAGGAGCUGCUCGUCAAGCUCAAGGUGGCUCUCCUGGAACUGAACUUUCUGCCCACCACUGGCACCAAACUGACCAAGAGACAACUUAUUCUGGCCCGGGAUGUUUUGGAAAUCGGUGCACAGUGGAGUAUCCUGAAGAAAGAUAUCCCUUCAUUUGAACGCUACAUGGCACAACUCAAGUGCUAUUACUUUGACUACAAGGAUGAAUUGCCGGAGUCUGCCUACAAACAUCAGCUGUUGGGACUGAACCUCCUGUUCCUCCUGUCUCAGAACCGCGUGGCUGAGUUCCACACGGAGCUGGAGAGGCUGCCCGCCAAAGAUAUACAGAGCAACGUCUACAUCAAGCACCCCGUCUCACUCGAGCAGUAUCUGAUGGAAGGCAGCUACAACAAGGUUUUCCUAGCUAAGGGAAACAUCCCUGCUGAAAGCUACACCUUCUUCAUUGAUAUCCUGCUCGAUACCAUUAGGGAUGAAAUUGCUGGUUGUAUCGAGAAGGCGUACGAAAAUAUAUUGUUCAAUGAAGCUUCGAGGACACUCUUCUUCACCGCGUCAAAGAAGAUGACCGAAUACGCGAAGAAGAGGGGCUGGCUGCUGGGCCCAGAUAACUAUUACUCCUUCAGCAGCCAGCAGCAGAAGCCGGAGGAUGCCACCAUCCCAUCCACAGAGCUGGCCAAGCAAGUCAUCGAAUACGCCAGGCACCUGGAAAUGAUCGUUUAAACCAAGUGACAAGACAUUUUCAGGAGCGGGCGGGAUUAUUUGUUGUGUUUCUUUUGAGGAAGGAGGGUGUCUGGUUUUCACAAGGUCUAAAGCGAUAGGAGCAGAAUUUGGCCAUUCGGCCCAUCUCAAUUCCUCCUCGUUUUCAACGAGGGAUUUUUUUCCUCCUGUUCGACGAGGGAUGGCAAACAGUUCCGUCUGCACUCUUCAACUCCUGGAAGUAGUUGAGGACCCCGGAUUCAUUGCAUUGAUGGGCCCUGCUGAACACAGACCUGGGCAGUCCGGCUAUCCUGCACGCAGUGUUUGCACAUAUAUCACUGGAACCCAAGACACUGUGCCAUUUACACCCUCAAUUAUCAACACUUCUUGCGCCAAAGGCUCUCCGAUUCCCACCAAUACUCUGAUGCAGAAAUGCCAGUGUUUUCGUUCCAAAAUCUUGGUCGCAAUGUCUUCAGUCUCGACCUGAUCCAAGUAGACCUGCCCUGAUUUAACGUUAGUUCCAAGUGUAAUCUGAUGAGCCUUGCCUAUCUUCAAAAUAAACCCGGACUGUUUUCACAGAA